AUGGCACGAACAAGAGCUACAAGUCUUCGAAAUACAAGCUCCGUUCCUCCUCUUCAGGAUCCCUCAACGACUGCUACUGAUUCUUCUCUUCCGAAUCCUGAUGCUCCUCCUCAAGAACCCCUAAUUUCUAGGGUUCCGAGUUCUCCCAUCCAUGUCUUGAACCGUUUCUCUUCGUUCUCUGUUCUUGAUCGACCUGCCCAUGAAGAUGGUAGUAGUCCCUACUUCUUGAGCAUAGGAGAUCACCCGGUACUUGUUCUUGCCUCUCCUCCCCUCGCAGACAAGAAUUUUCAACAAUGGAGAAGGGAUUUCAAGAUUUCCAUUCGGGCUAAGAACAAGCUCCCCUUCCUCAACGGAACUCUCCCUCAACCAGCUGAAGAUGAUCCUCUUCUCAAUCAAUGGCUUCACUGCAACCACAUGGUAAUGCCUUGGAUACUUCACUCUGUUUCCCCUGACAUCAAAAGUAGUAUUCUAUUCUUGGACAGUGUUGCUGCUAUGUGGAAUGAACUAAACAGCAGGUUUGAUCAAGGCAACAGACCUAAGAUCUUCGAUCUUCGAACAUCUCUCAUCAGCCUUCAUCAAGGUGAUGACUCUGUAAGUUCCUACUUCACUAAACUAAAAGCUAUAUGGGAUGAGAUUACUGAUUUAUGCCCUAGACUUCCAUGUACUUGUGCUGCUUCUACUGAUUCUCUUGAUUUUCUUAACCAAGAACAUGUUCUUCAAUUUCUCACGGGUUUGAAUGAAUCUUUUCAUGCUGUAAAAGCCCAAAUAUUAUUGAUAGAUCCAUUCCCCUCUCUUUCAAAAGUUUUUUCCAUGAUUAUUCAAGAAGAAAAUCAAAGAAGACUUCAGCCAUCUCACAACACAACAUUCAUUGCUGCUGUCCCUCCAUCUGUUCCACCUUCUACCUCUCGCACCAAGAAGAUGCGUCCCACCUGUACUCAUUUUCUCAAACCAGGGCACCUCAAGGAGAAAUGUUUUUUCCUUCAUGGUUUCCCCCCGGGUUAUGGUGAUAGAUGCAAAUCUGAUUCUGUCAAGACUAAUCAAGUUUCUGUCUCUACUUCUUCACCAAGUGCUCCGAUCAUUUCACCAUCUCAAUUGGAACUCAGCCAGCAACUUAUUGCUCUGUUAAGUCAACAGCUGCAUCAUACCUCUUCCCCAAGUGAUACUCUUCCUCAAGUAUCCAAUAUCACUGGUAAAAUUGUAUCUUCUCCUUCUUUUUUUUGGAUAGUAGAUAGUGGUGCCACACAUCAUGUUUGCCACUCUACCAAAUUUUUUAUCUCUUUUACCAAUAACAUUCUUGAUAAAUAUGUUACUUUAUCUGGUACUGAUGUUCAUGUAAACAAAGACAUAUUAUUAACUGAUGUUCUUUACAUCCCUGAAUUUCGGUUCAAUCUUUUUUCUAUUUCUGCCUAUCUUCACAACAGUCCUAACUCUAUUCUCUUUGAUCAUACUGACUGUUUUCUUCAGGGUCCUCAGCUGACUUCAAAGAUUGGGAUUGCUAAAAAAUAG